AUGUCCAAGGAAUCCAUUGUCGAGGGGAAGAGAAAGACUGCUCGUUUAGAUACGACUGACUUUACAGAGGCAGUGGCAGCAUCCAGCAAGGGCUUGGACACCAGCAAGGGCUUUGACUCUAGCAAGGGCUUGGACUCCACUCUCGAUGGGAGGAGGAAGACUGCGAAGGGUGCCCUGGAUGCUUCUGGACCCACCCUGGACAUCAACCAUGUUAGCCUCCUGAUUCGUAAGAAUCCAAAGGAGCAUUCGCGCUCCUUCUGGAACGCGAUGAAAGUAUUGUGUGCGCAGAAGUGCGGUGGCGCUGAGACCGCUUUCCGGAAGUUCUCGGACAACAAGGAUGGUAUGAUGUCUUUCCAGAAUUUCCAGGAUCUCCUCGAGUUCAUGAACCUGCGGUUCAACCCACGCAUUGCCCGUGUCUUUUUUAAGCAGGCGUUGCCAGAGGGAGAGAUCGCGUGUUCGAUCCAGGAUUUUACUGGAAUGCUCGUCGUCGCCCGGAUCGACAGAAUACGGGCUGCCCUGCGAGAGUACAAUUGCAGUUUGCUGCGAACUUCUGGGCACAUUGACAGGUUUGUGACCUACCUGGCCAUGAACACGGGCGAGACCAAUCGGCGGCGUGCAAUCACACGAUUUCAGCGGAAGCUCACCCUGAAGUUCCUUGUAGAUCUAAAGACAUCCCUGCAGGAGUGGACGGUGCGCAGGCGCUGGGACAGUCCAGAAGUCUUGACGGACAUUGAGCGCGAUUCGUUCCUCAAGAUCGUUGAGAAUGUGCGGACCAUACAGGGAUACGAGACGGAGCUUCUCGGAAACAUUUUCAGCCAUACUGACCGGAACAGCAGCGGCAGGGUCAAGAUCAACGAUUUGUUGGUGAUCAUGACGCUGGUUUCCGCGGGCACCAGUCGCCGCGACAAGUCUGGCUUUCUCUUCCUCCUUUUCGACCUCGAUGGCAAGGGGUGUCUCACACAGGAACAGCUCCUGCUGAUGUAUCCAAGUUGCACCAUUCACGCCGUCAUCGCCCGCGGCGACAAGCAAUGCUCCCACGCGGACCUGCUGUUCGGCGACGAGCUCUCGCUGGCCAAGGCCAGGCGGCUCCACGAGUACACGGUGGAGAGGCUCGCGCACAGCAAGGUGGACGAGUACUGCUCCUUCACGGAGUGGUGGGACGCCAUCGGCUCCAACGAGAUGCUGCUCAGGGAGCUGGUCCCCGGCACCCAGAGCAUCAACUGGGUGACGACAGGCGUGGGCGCGGAGCCCGCCGGCGGCGGCGGCGGCGGGUCCAAGAGCGCGUCGAAGGGCGCAGCGCGGAGGAGCGUGGUAAGCCAGAAGGCCCACGGGGCCGUCCGCAUGCUGGGCCAGGUCCGCGCGGGGCCCGAGGGCCGGAGUCAGCCGCUGCAGGCGCCCGGGGUGGUGAACGCGGACCGCUUCCGGGUGCAGACGGCCGUCAGGUUCCGCCACGCCCUGCGCGGGGAGUGGGGCGACGUGGACACGCACCAGAAAGCCGGGGGGCGCCAGCUACAGCUGGGACCGCACCCCGGCGACGCCGCCGCCGGGGCGUCGCAGCACUUGGAGCCGGGCUCGGGCACCGGCCGCAGCCCGCAGGCCACGGCCGCCGACAGGCUCCCGGCGCUCGACGCCUCGCCGCACGCCGGGUCGGGGCUGGACGGCUCGCCCGCGGCCGCCGAGGCCGCGGCCGCCAGCUUCGGCUGGCGACAGCGCCAGCGCAACUGGGUCGAUGGCCACCAGGACACCCUCGGCAGCUGGGCGAGGGGCCCGAAGGGCGGCAUGGAGGCCUCCAGGUCGCAGCCGACCCUGCGCGGCGCCGGGGCGGCCGCUCUCGGGGCCAGCGCCAGCACCCCCUCGCUCGCGGGCGCGCCCCCGCAGGGGCGGCAGCACCCGGCGCCCGCGGACCCGGCGGGCGGGCCGGCCGCGGCCAGUCCAGACGGCGGCUUCCAGGCCAGCUCCCCGACGAUGUCCAGGGCGGUCGAGUCCACGUCCAGGAAGGUCGCGGAGAUGAAGGGCCAGACGAACGCGACGGAGUCGCCGCUGGAGGCGCACCUGUUCGGGAAGGGUGCGCUGGGCCGCAUCCGGGGCCUCUCGGAGGCCAAGGCCAGGCUCCGCGACGCGCGCAGCGAGGAGGUCGUCCGCGUGGAGCGGGUCGUGUUCGAGUGCAAGAUCUGCAAGGGCUCCCACGAGAUGUCCGUGGCCUGCAGCACGAAUCCUUUCCGCGACAAGGGCCUGAAGACCGACAAAUCCUUGACGGAGCUGCGCCUUUCCAAAAACCUGAUCGCCGAGGGCCUGGGGACCAGCGAAUCGUCGGCGUUGACGGAGCUGCACCUUUACAACAACAAUAUCGCCGAGAUCGCUGGCUUGUGCGAGGGCCCGACGACUAACAAAUCCUUGACGUCCCUGGACCGCUGCGACAUAAAGAUCGCCGACGUCGCUGGCUUGGGCGAGGGCCUGAAGACCAACGGCUUGAAGACCAGCAAAUCCUUGAAAACGCUUGACCUUUUCCGCAACAGCAUCGCCGACGUCACUGGCUUGGGCGAGGGUUUGACGACCGACAAAUCCUUGGACAUGCCCGACGUUUUCCGCAACGGCAUCGCCGACAUCACUGGCUUGGGCGAGGGCCUGAAGACCACUAAAUCUUUGAAAAGGUUGGACUUUCCCCGCGGCCGCAUCGCCGACGUCGCUGUCUUGGGCGGAGGCCUGAAGACCAACAAAUCUUUGUCGUGGCAUCUCGUCUCCAAUAUCCCGUUCGCGGACAUGGCGGCCUUGGCGCCCAGGGGAAGGCCGCGCCAGGCGGAUGGGCGGCGGCCCUCCUCGAGCAGCCCCGCCGGCAACGAGGCGGUGGCCCAAGACGGCGCCGCCACCGUCGCGGCGGCCGCGCCCGCGGAAGGAGGUGCUGCCACGCCCGCUCCGGAGGCGGCACACGCGGGGCGCAGGCGCACCUGGGACGCUGGCGACGGCCCGUCACCGCCAGCGCAGCGGCCCGCGAACGGCAGGCCGCGGCCUGGCCGCCGCCGCGGCAGCGGCCCCGCGGCGGCCGCCGCGCCCGGCGCCGCGGUGGCGGCCAUGAGGUUCGUGGCCUCGGAGGCGGCCUCGUCGCUGGCGCUCGUGGCCGCCGCGCCCAGCGAGGCGGCAGCCGAGUUGCAGUUGCAGGUCCAGCGACGACCCCGCGGCGUGGCCUGGUUCCUCGCCCGGCCCGCGGCGUGGAGGCGGGAGCUCUUGCGCCGGCCGUGGCGCCUCCCGGUGGCGGCCAUGCAGCUCGCCGCCGUGCGCCUCCAGCGGGCGUGGCGCGGCAGCUGGCUGAGGUGGGGCGCCUGGCGGCCCGGCGUGGGCCGCGGCUGGAGCAGGCAGCGUGCCACAGACGCUGGCGCUGUCAGCGCCCGCCCCCACGGCGGCGCCGCUGGCGGGGCCGCCGCGGCAUCGCGGGCGUCGCGGCCAGAGGUCCUCGGGAGCAUGCACCGGCGCCACCUGGAGCUGCUGAAGUGGCAGUGCACCGCGGGCGUGGGCAAGCUCGGCAGGAGGCAGAGCGCCAAGACCUUCCAGGACUUCUGCGCGCUGCGGAUACAGGCCUUCUGGCGCGCAUGGGCCCGCGUGCGGAGGCAGCACCGGGUGGUGGCCUACACGCGGAUGAAAGUCUACCAGGUGGCCGCCACGGAGAUCCAGCGGCGUUGGCGCCGCUUCGGCCCACGGGAGGCGGAGAGGCACGCCGGGCAGCGCGCAUUGACGCCAGGCCAGCUAGCCGCGGAGACAGAUGACUGGGGGAUCCACGAGGCCACGGAGAUGAUCCAGCGCUGCUGGAGGUGCUGGCAGAAUCGCAGGGUGUUCCUCUCGCUCAGGGACGUCAUCUGCGGCUUCCAGAGCUCCGGGGACCCGUACCUGCUCCUGCGGACGGUGCUGCCGCUGGAGUCGAUGCUGCUGGACCCCGCCAUGCAGGCCCACGUGCGCUUCCGGCUCGGGGGCUCCAGGUUCCCCCCUGCCAUAUAUUACAAGGUCUUCACCCACGGCGCAGUGUGCGACGUCGGCUCCUUCGCCCCCCGCAACUACGCCGCGGACGGGGCGCCCGGCACCGACGACUGGUACGUGCGGCGGGAGAACAACGGCUGGCGGCCGCUGGCCGCGCGGGCCGACCGCAGCGCGGGGAAGGCAGUUGCCGAUGAGGCGUGGGUGUUGCUCAGAAGGCAGUGCCCGGCUUCCACUACUCGCGCCUGCAGAGGCGCCAGGACUUGGACCGGAGGCGGCGGCAGAGGACCCUCGCGUGGAUGCAGAAGCUGUACGGCCUGCAGGCGCUCGCGGACGGCCAGCUCGCCCCAGACAGCGCGGCGAGCCGCACGACGUCCGAGUCGGAGUCCACGGCCAGCGGGUCGCGGACCGCCGAUGCCGUCGGCAGCGAGGGGUCCUCCCCGUCCUGCACGCCCAGCGCGCUGUCCGGCGCCGGGGCGCUCACGCCGCGCCCGCCGCAGGGCCCCCCGCCCGCUGGAUCCAGGCCGCAGCGGGCUGGGUCGCAGGUGAGGGCGAGGCGGGUGCUGGUGGGCGCGAGCCGGCCAGGCUCGACACCGGAGCCGGGGUCGUGGAGCCGGGGGUCCUCACAAGCGGGCGCGCUGUUCGAGGGCGAGGGGGACGACCUGCUGGACGACGACCUGCUGAGGUGGAGCAGCCAGCUCGAUUUCGACGCCUACAUGCAGGGCUGGCAGUCCACCGCCACUUCGGGAGGCAGCGAGGGGACACUCCCGAUCAGCGCCAUGCAGCGCCCGGGCUCUCUCGUCGCCGCGCGGUGACGCCCGGGUCUGCUCUGUGCACCCCCCCUCGUGCACGUCAUUGUUGCCGUUAUCUCUUCUCCUCCUCCUCCGCCUCCUCCUCUGUUUUGCGUCGUCGCCUCCUUGGGCGGGCGCGCCGGGCCCGCUGGCUCGGUCGGUCUCCGCCCCCACCGCGGCCUCCUGUCAAGUGGCGCGCGCCCCUCUCCUCCUAGCCUUCCGCUCUGGCGCCAGCAGGUCCCCGGGUGGCGCUGCAGGGGCCGCGCCUCCGCGCACCUGUGCCGCCUCCGCUUUCGCCUCCUGACCUUUCCUCCACUCCUCUCUCCUCCCCUCCCUCCUCGCGGGCGCUCGAACGCUGGCGACGCACAGCGGGCAGCUGCGAACGCAGCGCCAGCGGCCAGAAGCACUGCGGCUAUUCUCACUUCGGAGCAGUCGGAAAUCACAGGCUAUUCAUGCUGCUGCUGCUGCGGACCUGGCCGAUGGCAUUUCGAGAAAAC